UUCGGGCCGGCCCGGUGCCGGCGAUGCGGCCGCUCCCGGUGCCGCUGCUGCUGCUGCUGCUGAGCCCGGUGCCGGGGCGGGCCGGGGGGUGCCCCUCGUGUCCCCGCGGUGUCCCCGAGCCCUGCGACAGCCGCUGCCCGCCCUGCGCCCGCAGUGAGUACCCCGAACCCACCCCGAACCCAGGAGAACCCCAAAACCGACCCCGAGAAAUCCCAAACCGCCCCGACCCCGCAGCGCGGAGCCCCGCCGAGGAGCAGCCCGAGGAGCCGUGCCCGCCCUGCCCGCCCUGCAGCCACGAGGCCGCGGCGCCGCUCGCUGAGGGGACCCCGCCGGUGUCGGGGACCCCCCGAGUGACCCCGCCGGUGUCGGGGGCGCCCCCCGAGCCCCCCGGGGACAUCAUCCCCCUGUACUGCGCCCUCCUGGCCGGCCUCGUCGUGGGGCUCGUGGCCUACGUGGCCUUCAAGUGCUGGGACACCUGCCGGAAGAAGCGGCAGCUGGACAAGGCGCGGGACGCGGGGGACGCGGGGGUGGCCGCGGACGCGGAGAAGCUGCGGGGGGACAGCGGCGUCGGCCCGGAGAGCGCCGGCCUGGAGCCGCCUGUGCACCCGCCCCCCGAGGGUCCCUCGCUGCUCGCGGGGUCCCCGCGGCGCCAGGAGGAGCCGGGAGAGCUGGAGCGGCUCCUGGAGCUGGGAGCGCCCGGCCCCGCGGCGACGCCGGGGGACAUCACCUCCGCCGUGUGACACCCGCGGCGACACCGGGGCCGCGCCGGCGGCUGCUCCCGGCGGUGCUCCCGCUUCCCGAUGGAUUCCUGGGGAAUUUUUUACGUGGGUUUUGUACUUUUUUAGGGAUUCUGGGGGGUGGGACGGGGACCUUUGGUGGCCGGCGCCUGGGUGGGGGCAUUAAACGUGUCACUGGGUGCCACCAGGGUUUGUGUCCUCGUGUGUCUGUGUGUCCGUGCAUGGUCCUGGGAUGUGUCCCGAGUGUCACCGGGUGCCUGCUUGUGUCCAUGUGUCCCUGGGAUGUGUCCCUUCGGGUGUCCGUUUGUCCCUGGAAUGUGCCCCCUGGGGGUCUCCCAAGUGUCCCCAGCUGUCCAUGAGUCCCCUCAGGUGUUCGUGUGUCCCUAGGAUGUAUCCCUUGGUGUCCCUUUGUCCCCAAGAUGUGUCCCUGCAUCCCUGGGAUGUGACCGCUCAGGUGUCUGCACUGGGUGUCCCCAGGUGUCCCAUAUGUCCCCAGGGCCAUGUCCCAAGGAUGGGACGCCUCAGGUGUCCGUGUGUCCAUGGGAUUCGUGUCCUUGGGCACCCACGUGUGUCACCAGGAUGUGUCCCAGGGUGUCCUUGUGUCCCACACCCAUCCCAGACCAAUCCCAGGCGUGGGUGGCCCUAGGAGGAGGAGGGGACACCCCAAAGACCCCAAGGCAGGUGGCACUGGGGACAGAAAAAGCCAUUUCUAACCCCAAAAUGCUCCCAGGU